AAAACAGCAAGUGAAUCAGUUCUCAGUUUUCAAAAACUACAACUUCGGAGUAAUGGAAAAAGAGAAAAGUAAGACGGAGAGUUUGAAGAAGGACGAAAUCGAUGAGGCAAACUCAGAAUCUUCAAAAGUGCCACUAGCAAUUGAUCCAGAGGAAGCCAAACUCCCAAAUGCCGGCGGAAAAUCGGAGCAUAUGGUGGUCAACUUCACCUCAAAACGCAUGGCGAUCAAAGUGAGAUGUGGCAAUGCACUAUUUCGUGUUGAGCCAACUCACAUGAUCAUCGAGCCGAACAAGUGCCGCCAACUGACAAUCAAUCGGAUGCCCGGACCAAUUCAAAAGGAUAAAGCGAUCGUUCAAUACCUCCAAAUUGAAAAUGAUGUGCAAGAUCCGAAGACUGCGUUCAAAGCAGCGGACAGUGCUGGAACUAAGAUUCCACACUUGAAGAUCAAGCUGGUGGCCGGAGCAAGUGGAGGUCGUCAGAUGUCGAGAGAGGUGGUGGAUGAGUAGUUUGGGAAAAAAACAGGAUAUAAUAAAUCUCAUUUUGAUAUUAGAAUAAAUUAUUUGGUAUAGA